GUAUAGUACGAGCCCUCGCUUUGAUUUUCAUGAUGGCAUCGCAUAUUUUAUGUCUAUAGAAAUAUAACAUCAAUCCCGGUUGGGAAUUCUCAUAACGUCAUCUUUCUGACUAGAGGCCCCACAUUCCCCUGAACUGUGCACACUCUUAUUUCCUGGUGGAGGGAGCAUAUUUAUAUAGAGUCUACUCGUAUUUAAUUCGGUUAUGAAAAUACGACCACACUAGGAUUUCGCAAUAGUAGCCGAGGUCGUAUGGCGUAUUGACUGUGAGCUGCCGUUGUGAACUUCACGGGAACUUUCCAGCUGUGCAUCCGAAAUCGAAUUCCUAGUUAGUGCUCACUCUCAGACUCUACACCAGCUUGACCAUGGAAUCCAGAACACGUCCAUCCGUAUCUAACCAAGGUUUCAGCGUAAUCGACAAGAGGCUUUCGGGACUGUCAGACUUCAGCCGAAGUCUCAACCUUAGCGUCCUGGUGAACGACCCGUCAUUGAGAGAGGCCUACGCGGCAGCCCAGACAAAUGGUCAGCUACCAACCAACCGUGCCCGGGUCCUGAUCCUCGGAGAGCCUCGUGCCGGUAAAACCAGUCUUCUGAACCGGCUCCUGGGAAGGGAGUUCGACAUCCGGGAACAGCCGACCGAAGGAAUUGAGACGCGCAUGUGUCACGUGACCAACGUGGACAAACGGUGGAAUGAAUCCGAAGGCGCCAAGGCAGAUGACAUCCAGGAGUGCGCCUCCGCGGUGACGGUUCUGGGCGGGGUAUCCUCGGAAGGAUCCACUGGAAUCGACGUGAACGGGAACAAGAACUUCAUCAAACAAUCCUCCACCUCUGCCAUCCCUGAGCCUUGCACUGCCUCUCUCAUUGACCUGAUGCAGACUACGGCACAACUCAUACUUCUCGUCGGUGUUGUGUUCACCCUGGGAAUAUUCCAGUACGGUUACGUAGUCUUUGUGUGGUGUUCUAUCGCAGCAACCGCUUUAUUGCUGGACUACAACAACGCCUACCGGUUUGCGACAUCCAUGUCCUUGGUCGGCGUUCUCUUUGAAGCCAUGGUGAGAACUGAUCGGCCACUUGAAGUACUUGCCUGUAAAGAUGACGAAGACGACGAUUCUGGCUUGAAAGCUCUAAGUUUUACUGUGAAGAGCAUCUUUUUUAAUAUGCUCAAUACCGUCAUGGUAGGUGUAGGCAAUGGUUUAGGCUUUCGCACGGGCAUUGCCGUUGCAUUUUCUGCUUGCGUCCAUCCAGCUGAGACCAACCUGACACUAACUACCGCCCUCCAGGGACUACAAGCAUCCUGGAACAUGUUUGUGCUGAGUGUAAUCUUCGGAGGUGGGGGAGUCCUCGGAUUGGGAAGUUACAAAUUCUGCACGAUCGAUGGUCGUCUGCACAACAGUAGAGUUGCCAUUUGCUGUGGUUUCAUGGUCUUCCUACUUGGAAUCUUUAUAGAAGGAACGUGUCAUUAUCGACCUUACUGGUUUAUCUUUUUGAACGGUUUUGUGAUGACACUCCUUGGGACAUGGGGUGCGAUCUUUGGACGCAGGGCAGUGGUGAAAUACGGCUUCGAGGCUAGUUAUAUGACCAAGAAAAUCGCAGGGUUUAUCCUAGGUUUGUACCUGGUGCACGUGUGUGGCUGGUCGUUGAGGAUACCAGAAACUUCCUCGAUGUCGCUUGCAUUUUAUAUUGUGUCGGUCACUGCACAUCCUCUGUUUGAUCUUCACACAACUUACAAGAUCUGGCGAGCGAAAAAGGCUUUCCCUAUCAAAGUUAUUCGGGACAAGAUAAAAGCCAUGGAACAAGGACGGCCUCUGUUGGAAACUAAGCUGAGUUUAUGGGACUUUGCUGGUGACACUCUAUACCACUGCACACAUCACGUCUUUAUGCCAGACAGAGCUCUGUACGUGAUCGUGUUCAACCUACACGCCGCUGUUUCUGACGAAGAUGGGCAGCUGCAGAAAAUUCUCUUCUGGCUACAUUCAGUCUGUGCGCAUGCGCGCCAUCCAGAUGCCGUUGUUAUCGUUGUCGGCACUCACAAGGCAAGCGUCUCUGAGGCAAGUAGGAUGCACUUCACUGAAGUACUUCACCGAAGAAUCACUUCUCCUUUCUGUCAUCGGCUGGUUUUAAACCCUCUCGACGACAAGCCGCUGUUUCUCGUCGAGAAUUCCCAAUCUGUUGACGAUGACUUCAAGCAGGUGAGGGCAGAAAUAUUCAGGCGGGUCGAGAGCGCAGAAUACGCUCAGGAAAGAUAUCCCAUCAAGUACCUGCACUUCUAUCGCGAGAUCCAGAAUCGUCGAAAACUAGCAAAGACGGAUUGCGCCGCUUACGUGAUGACCUUGGACCAAAUCAGCGAUCUUGCAAGAGAUACUUGCGAUGUGGCAAACGAAGAUGACAUGAAGAGCAUGCUGCGAUUUUUCGUCGAGGCUGGAGAAAUCAUCCACAAAGGUGACGACAUCUUGCAGCAACAUGUCGUGUUGGACCCCCAGUUCUUAGUUGACGUCAUGAAGAAACUCGUACGAAUCCCGCGUGGUUCUAAGCGAUCGCAUCGCUUUGCUGUGGAUUGGAGAGAUUACGAAAGUAGUGGAAUUAUCACAGAGGGUCUGCUGCAACAUAUUUACAGCGACAUGUCCCAUCUUGUGCCACUUCUGACCAAGCUUCUGCUGGCCUAUGACCUCAUGUGUCAGGUGGCGUCUGGCUUAAAUCCGAACUGCUCCAAUAGGUUUUUCCUGGUACCUGCCAUGCUGCCUCCUUACCGAGGUGAAUCGAUGGAGUUUUGGAAACCCCAGAGUAAUGAGGAGGUCUUUUAUUUCGACUUUGGUUUCUUCGAUCCCAGCACCGUCUACUAUCGUCUACUGGCCCGUUGCCUUACACAUGCCAGUCUAGAUAAGCUUGAUUUCAACUCCAAGCCUCUGAUUUUUGCAGACCGCUGCCGGUUCCACAUCGGCACCAGCUUCAUCUUCAAGUUGCAGCUGGAGAGACGUUCUUCCCAACAGAUGCUUCUGUCGGUCACCGCCUUGGCCUUUGAGAAGCAACAUCCCGUCUGGAAGCUCCUGAAAUUCUUGCUGAAUGCUGUGAGGAGCAUAACAGCGAGGGACUACCCACAGUUGUGCUUCACAUUCGGCCCUCGCUGUCCUUACUGCGUCCAUGACUCGGGCUCAUCGAGCGAGGACCUCUCAAAAGACACCUGUGAAAACAACAACAGAGAGGAGGCAAAAAUCCACGUGCUGAAGAUGGCCGGGAAUGACCAGCCGUUCCCUGCGAUAUCCCCGGCCGUAAUGCUCUGUGGUCAGAAAAGAUACGAGUUGGUCCUGUCCGAAUAUAAAUCUUUGGAUGCGGACUGUGGUUCCUGCCAUCUUCCACAACGGGUAGCAUUCACUACGAAGACACCAAUUACAAAACUACCUCCCGACCUCUUUCACAAGGUGUGCCAGCUGCUCAAUAACUCCUCAACAACCAGGAACUGGAAAACCCUGGCAGGCGAGUUGGGUAAAGACGUGGAGUCUGUAGCAUUGUUGGACAGCCAGCGGAUAACCAACCCCACCGAGUGUCUGCUGCGAGAAUGGGCGAUGAUUGACGGUCACGUGACGGUCAACGACUUGCUGGAAGUCCUCGGUAGACCUUCACUCCUGCGGAUGGAUGUCAUACAAGAAGUACGCUCCCAAAUGGCACAAGAAUGAACUUACUGCAAGAAUCCUGAACAGCGCCUCCUAGUGCAAGACGUUGCCAAUAAACUUUCUCUGCUCUUAGAAUGUCCAAUGCCCAGAACCAGAUAAUGCUGUCGUGCAUUUCAUUUAAAUAUGUUGUUGAUCAAACAAGAAUCUUCACAAAAAGGGGCUAAUGGUUCAGGCGGAAGCGUUGUUUUUAAAAUAUUUUUUGAAGAGAAAAGGAAAACACUGACUUUACUAAGUCAUUUUCCUUUUUACACGCAGCUCUCGAUACACACUUUCGCACCAUUGCUUGUAAGGCUCAAAGCAUUUAGCCAAUUAGUGUAUCAUUUUCAUGUAAUAAAAGAGGCAGCCAUAUGAGGUUGGAAAAAAAACAAGAUAUUACGCAAACGAA